GAUGUAAACAAACAGUUUUGUGAUUAAUUAUGUAUCAGUGGACUCGCUUUGAGUAUGAUAACAUGUUCGUGUAUUUUCUUUUCGUAAUGAUUUCUGUCCAGUGCUUUGUAAACACGUGUUUGCAAAGAUUGUAAAGAUGCUGAAACGGACGUUGCGUCUCAAUACAUAUUAGUUAAUAGUUUACUUAAGCUACGUAAAGUACAAAUCGUGUCGAACUUAUUUUGAAUAGUUUAGCCUGUAAAUAAGGUAGCGUCGCAAUAAAUUAGGAUGAGAUAAGUUUAUCUUGUGAGCGGUUUGUUUUGGGAAGAAUGCAGGACGCUUCCAUAAAGCGUCGAUAUCUUGGUUGUGUUGGUGAAGGGUUAGAAUAAGCAGGGGUAGGUUGGGUCGUGAUGUGUGAAGAUAAAGAGGAAGUUAGGAGUGAGGCGGCGUCGGUCACUCCGAAGAGGCUGUGCUUCCCUCGAAGACCCCCCGCGCCUCUGCCAGACACAAGAGGACUUUGUUGUGCUAAGCUUCUACGGAAAAAUGGAAAGGCGAAAAAGGUGCUAUUAUUUCCGGAGGAGGGAUGGGCGAGAAGUGCUUCGUCAUCGUAUUGGACCCUCCAGCCGUGUUGGUGGCGACGCUCGAGAUGCAAGGUCGUCGAAGUAGCUGGCACGAGGAGACACAGCACUCACGCCAGGAUGGUAGUGAGCGGAGUGAACGCGGUGUACAUCGUAGGAACCUUCAAACAUCUCGGGACUGACGCCGACUUUAAGCUGUACCUGACAACGAACGUGACCCAAGCAGACUUCAACAUGGGUUACACGAUGACUGGUACCCUGGAGAGAGGCAACAAGUCCACUAACACCUUCCAAAUGACGCAUUUCGCGGUGCUAAGGCGAUGCGAUCACGAAUCACAUCAUCUCAAGAACGCGUAAAGAUUUUAUGUGUUACGCUCAAUGAAUUACGUACAAACACGUAAAAAGUUGUGAAUUAACAUGUAAAUUACAUUUAGUUAUUCAAGUUAUAUUUUUUAACAUGUGCAAUACUAUAGUAGGUAAAUUACUAAAAAGACGCAAUUGUUUUUUUUUAAGUACAAGAAACAAGACUUUGUAACGAAAUCAAAAUCAAAUAUUCGGCAUCUCUGGCAUUUCAGUUUCGGCGGACUUUGAAACUUUUUCAGACAUGUUAAAAAUCCAUUGUUUAUUGAAAUUUGCCUAAAUUGGAAACAAUAGUUAAAGGAGCUAUGUAAAAUAAUAAUUAUUUAUUUAUUUUAAUAAAUAAACAUGAAUUAACGUAUACAAGUUAACUUUUUGGCACAAAAAAUUCUCUCUAAAUUCGCAAACGCAAAGUUUUGGUAUGGCCGAAAGUUCGGUAAAUUUUCUGCCGAAACCGAAACUAGUUGCCGAAGCCAGAUUUUUGCCGAAUCUUGGCAAAACCAAAAUCAAAAUGCCACAGAGUAGUUACAAACUCUUACAGAAGCUAAAAUUAAUAUCAAAAUCAAUAAAACAGGUCAUGGUUUUAAAUCUAAGGUUCCUAAAGUUUUUAUAUUCACAUUAUUCCUUCUAUCUUUUGAAGAAAAUUAUUUUUAAAUUAAACGACAAUUUUAUGUUUUCUUUAAUUAACAUGUUAAGUAACUUAGGUUAGUGUUUAGAAAUAACUUAAAUUGCCAAGCGAUAUUGUGAUGUAAUAAUAAGUGUCUCGAUGUCUAGUCAGUUAUUUCAAAGAAAACUAUAGUCAAAUGGCUUUCCUUAGUAUAGUUAACGUAGUUGCUUCCUCGUAAUAUAGAUGGCGGUCUUUUAAAAAAAUAUUUU